GCCCCGCCCCGCCCCGCGCGCGGUUCUCUCUGUCUUCUCUGCUCAGGAACACUGCCCCCGGCGGUGUCCUGACCUUCGGCACCCAAUGCCAGCCUCUGUCCCGUGGACGUGUAGUGAUUUAUUGCUCAAAUUCAUCUCGCUUCGUACUGGCAAUCCACCAGAGAGGAAUUAUACCUGGACCGACCAGUGGAACUCAUCAUUGGGACAUCUUUGCAUAGCCUUGUCCUGGAAGCAGCUCAGUGAUGUGUGGAUCGUGAAUUUGUUCAAGCAAACUGGACUCUUCAAGAGGAAUAGCUAGGUUUGAGGACUAGGAUGGAAUAGCCAGCACCAAUGGAAGGCCAGUGUGAGCUCCCAAGUCCCCACCAGGGAUCUCUGAGGAAGGCCGUGGCAGCUGCCCUGGCCCUGGAUGGGGAAUCCACAAUUGGCCGCAGGAAAAAGAAGAAGAAAGAGUCCCGCCCCGAGUCUAUCAUCGUCUACCGGUCAGAGAAUGAGAAAUCAGAUGAGGAGCCCGGGGAAUUAGAAGGUGGAGACCAGCCUAAAGCGGAGGAGGGAGACGAUUUCCUAGACUAUCCCACGGAUGAUGGUAUGUGGAACAUGCCCCUGGACAGCCGCUAUGUCACAUUAACUGGGACCAUCACCCGAGGGAAGAAAAAGGGGCAGAUGGUAGACAUCCAUGUCACGUUGUCAGAGAAGGAGCUGCAGGAACUCACCAAGCCUAAGGCGUCGUCAAGGGAAACAGCACCUGGAGGCAGAAAGGCUUGCCAGCUGGGAGCAGACCGUGGGCCCCACGUGGUCCUCUGGACCCUGGUCUGCCUGCCUGUGGUUUUCAUCCUCUCUUUCGUGGUCUCUUUCUACUAUGGCACCAUCACCUGGUACAACAUCUUCCUUGUGUACAACGAGGAGAGGACCUUCUGGCACAAGAUCUCAUGUUGCCCCUGCCUCAUCCUCUUCUAUCCAGUGCUCAUCAUGGCCAUGGCCUCUUCCCUGGGCCUCUAUGCUGCCGUGGUCCAGCUGUCAUGGUCCUGGGGAGCAUGGUGGCAAGCUGCCCGGGAUAUGGAGAAGGGCUUCUGUGGCUGGCUGUGCAGCAAGCUGGGUCUGGAGGACUGUUCUCCCUAUAGUAUUGUGGAGUUGCUUGAAUCUGACAACAUCUCAGGCAAUCUGUCCAACAAGGACACCACCCUGGAGGUAGAAACGUCCACUGUCUAAACUUCCGACAACCUAUUUCUUUCCCUGGUCUCAGUAGCUUGUAUAUUAUCUUCCGAUUCCAGACUACUCCUUCUUUAAACUAUUCCUUCUGCCCUACCUGGAGAAAGUUGGGGAGUUGAUCCUCUUUUUGACUCGAAGGAAUUCAACUGCUAGGAAGCCAAGGAGAGGCCAGGAGUCCCAGUGCUUCACUGCAGGUUUCACACACACACACACACACACACACACACACACACAGUUCUGGAAAAUUCUAGCCCACACUGAUUUGUUCCACCAUCUUGGUGGUUCCAGGAGGACAGGGAACAGAAAAGCAGUCCAUGCCAAAUAGUCUAUCCAAUGGAUAAACUCUUCUUCAUUCCUUACCCUAAGAUGACCAUUUAUCUGGGACAAGGAGCUCAGUUGUCUGUCAGUUCAGGGGCUUGAAGGUGUUCCUGGUGCCUGGAACCCGAGGGAGUAUGUGACUAAAUGUGACAGGGAAACUAAGCAAACUGGGGGGAGACCAAGUCCACCAAAAGGAUAAUAGAUGGGUGUGGAGUGAAACAUUUAAGAAGCCAGGCUACUACAGUGUAGCAAAAUGUAAAGAUUUAUGUGUAUCACUUAGACUUUGAUUUACUUGUUAAAUAUAAUUAAAAUCCGAAUGCCCAUAGUUUAAACAAGACGGAAGUCUGUUUCUUGCCCAUGUAGAAGAAGUCUGGGGGCAGACUAUUAGGGAACCUGCAGAAGUCAUUGGUGUCCCAGGCGUUUUUAUUCCCUGACCAUUAGUAGGAUGUGACCCUCAUCAUCUUGAUCCUCAGCACCCCAUUGCUGACGACAUCUGGUCAUCACAUCCAAGUUUCUGGAAGAGAGAGGAAAGGGCAAACAAGAGCACAGCCUUCUAAGCUAAGAAGGCUUCUCAGUAGUCCCACUCGACACUUCUCAUAUCUCAUUGGCUAGGCCCUGGUCACAUGACCUCCCAAGCAAAAGAGGCUAGGAAAUGUACAUUUGGCUGGGCAGCUAUAUUUUGGGCUAAAUAGUUGGGUUCUGCUAGUUUAAGAAACAAGAAAAGAAUGGCUAUGUUGGUAGGCAAAUACGAGUCUCUGACUCAUAGUAACUAUUUAAAUGCAUUCUUAUCCCAAACUGAAAAUAUAGUUUUAUUUAUUUAUUUAUUUAUUUAUUUACACCUAAAUCUUUCAUAGAGAAUUUAUACAUAGAUACUAGCUACAUAUACUAUGCAUAAACCAUACAUAGAUAUUAGCAAGUCAUGUAUGUUGCAGUUAAAUAUCUGUAAUGCCAGGUGGUUUCAGGUUUUUUAGAAAGGAAGAGUGAAUGGUUGAGUCUAAUCCUAUAACAGUAAGAUUUUGUUUCCUGGAAGUGAAGUUGGGACUAGGUUGUGAUAUUUAAUAUCUCACAUAACAGAUGAAAGGCUGUGAAGGGACCGAUUGCCUCUGUCAGAUCCCCACCCCCCACCCCGCACCCUGCAAGCAGGAUCAGUAGCCCUAAGCACAAAGAAGACAGAGUUAGCUUUAUGUGGCUUGUCAAAACUUCACUCACUCAGAACUUUGUGGAGUUUAGCAGCAAACACAGUCUUUAACUCCUGAGGGUAUCUUUCUCACUGCAAAAAAGUCAAAUCCUAAGCAGUCAAGCAGAUUUUGGAGGUUGGGUCCUUAUAAGAAUAGCUGGUGUCCAUGUUCAUGUCUCAGGAAGAAGCUGUUGAAAGAACUGCUGUGAAUCAAACUGGAUGGGUCAGGCAUGCUGUCCCACAGAAGGCCAGGGACAUUUGCCUAAUGUAUGGUGCUGAACUCUACCUUCAGAGAAAACUCCACCUUUCUAAAAAUAACUGCUUUUAGUUUGGAAAAAAACAAACUCUGUCCAAUGUUUUGAAGAUAACCUUGGUGCUCUCGGGUGCUUUUGCAGAGAUACAAACAAUUGAAAUGAAGACAAAAUAAAUAUAAAGUCUGAUUAACAUUUG